AUGACGAGUAUUUGUGGUUCUUCGGUGAAGAAGUCAGUGGAGACAACGUCAACGAGUGCUGCCAAUGAUCUGGAGUGUGAAAUAGUGAAGCAAGGCGAUUUGGUUCGUCAACUGAAAGCAGCAGAUCCAAAAUCGGUUGAAUCGAAAGCUGCCAUAGCGAAAUUACUCGAGCUGAAGAAGAAGUUCAAAGAGGUGACUGGUGCAGAGUAUAAACCGAAACCAGCAACGACCACGGGUGGUGAUAAAGAGAAGAAGAAGCCA